CGAAGCGGGACGGCUCCCGCUGCUGUAAAGGAUCCUCCUCUGCCCACACUAAUCCGGCUCCGUUACACCCGGGAUAGAAGGGGCUGCUCGCUCGGGUGCUGCCACAGUGCAGAUGCUGCUGUCCUGACCGCCUGCUGCGCUGGGACACAGGAGCCUCGCUGACCCGGGAGCCCCGUGGGGCAGCCACCUUGUGCCCCGGAGUCCCCAUGGAGCGGGGCGGUGGGGUGGGCAGCAUGCCUGGCACUGGGGGGGCUGGUGGCACAGCCUCCCCUGGAGCAGAAGCCAGCACAACCCAGCCGGUCCCAGAAGCUCUGCAGGCUGCCCAGCCCCAGGCGGGGAUGGCAGCGCCCACGGAAGGGACAGUGGCGGCUGCCACUGGGGUGCAGGAUAAAGGGAAGGACAAGGCUGGGCAGCAGAAGGCUCCAGCAGGUGCUGUGGUGUGGGAUGGGGCACAGCCAGAGCCUGGGGAGGCAAAGCCUGUGGGAGCAGCUGGAGGAGGAAAGGUAGAGUCCGCUGGGGAGAUAACCCUGACCGCUCCGGAGCCCGGGGAUGGAGGGAUGGCAGCGGCAGGCAAGGAGGCUCCAGCUGUGCAGCAUGGCAGAGGGAUGGCAGCAUCUGCCGAGGGGAAGGUGCUGGUGGCCGCUGAGGUUCGAGAUGGAGGGAAGGAUGAGCCCGGGAAGAAGGGUCCAGCUGUAGGAGAGCCCAAAGGAGGACAGGCAGAGCCUGUGGAGGGGAAGGGCCCAGCUGCAGGAGAGGCUCAGGAUGGAGGGAAGGACAAGCCCUCGAAGGAUCAGGCCCCUGGUGGGUUAAAGGCUGAGGGUGGUGGGAAAGCGGAGCCUGCGGAGGGGAAGGCUCCGGCUGCAGCACAGGCAGAAGGUGAGAAGGCAAAACCCGGGGAGGUGACGGCCUUGGCUGCACAACAGGCUCAGGAUGGAGGCAAAGAAGAGCCUGCAAAGGAGAAAACCACAGCUGCUGAAAAAGGUCAGGAUGGAGGGAAGAAAGCUGUAAAGGCAGAGAAAACCCCUGCUGAUAAAAAGCCUGCAAAGGAGAAGGCUCCAGCUACUGUAAAGGCUCAGAAUGGAGAGAAUAAAGUAGCAAAGGCAGAAAAAGCCCCAGCUGCAAAAAAGGCACAAGAUGGAGGCAAAGAGGAGCCUGCAAAGGAGAAAGGCCCAGCUCCUGCAAAGGAGAAGGCCCCAGCGGCUGCAAAGGCUCAGGAUGGAGAGAAGGCAGCAGCAAAGGCAGAGAAAAGCCCAGCUGCAAAGAAGCCUCAAGAUGGAAACAAAAUAGAGCCUGCAAAGGAGAAAGCCCCAUCUGCUGCAAAGGUGCAGGACGGAGGGAAGAAAACUGCAAAGGUGGAAAAAAAAACAGUUGCAUCAAAGGCUGAGAAUGAAAGCAAAGAAAAGCCUGCAAAGGAGGAAACUCUGGCUGCUGCAAAGGAGAAGGUCCCGCCUCCUGUAAAGGCCCAUGAUGGAGAGAAGAAAGCUGAAAAUGUGGAGACCCCCAUAGCUACAGCGGAGGCCACGGCUCCUGUGAAGGCUCAGGGUGAAGGAGACAAAGUGGCAAAGGUGGCGGGGAUGCAGAAGCAGCAGCCGGCAAGGGCCUCUGAGCCACCCCGUCCAGCCUUGCUGCAGAGCCUGAGCUGUCCGGCCACCUGCCAAAGGGAGGAGCCCCCCUCACUGGAGACAGCAGCGCUGGAGCCGAUACAGGAGGAGACCCCGGCCGUGGAGCCGAGAGAGGGUCUGGCAGAGCCUGGCCCUGCCCUGCCAGCCCUGGGGGAUGUGCAGCCCCUGGAGUCCCCUGGCCCCUCGGGGAGCGCUGAUGCCCCCCAGGAGAGGACAUUGCCCGGUGCCCCGGGGCAGCCCCCCCAUCCUGCCGGGGCCACGGAGCAGCCUGGCCCUGGGGGGGAACCCUCCUCGACAGAGGCAGAGCCGCCCCCCAGCCCCUUCCUCACCCCUGAUUUUGGGAAGGAAGAUCCUUUCGAGAUCCUGGAUGACGUCCCCCCGCCACCAGCACCCUUUGCACACCGCAUCAUCACCCUGCGGUCUACCAGCGUCAGCUCCCAGUAUGACCUCAGCUCCAAGGACAUCCUGGGGGGAGGCAAGUUUGGGGAAGUCCACACAUGUAUGGAGAAGCAGACAGGGCUCAAGCUGGCGGCCAAAGUGAUCCGGAAACAGGGUGCUAAGGACAAGGAGAUGGUGUUGCUGGAGAUCGAUGUGAUGAACCAGCUGAACCACCGCAACCUCAUCCAGCUCUACGAUGCCAUUGAGACCCCCCGGGAGAUCAUCCUCUUCAUGGAGUUUGUGGAAGGCGGAGAGCUCUUUGAACGAAUCAUCGACGACGACUACCACCUGACAGAAGUAGACUGUAUGGUGUUUGUCCGGCAGAUCUGCGAGGGCAUCCGCUUCAUGCACCACAUGCGUGUCCUCCACCUUGACCUCAAGCCUGAGAACAUCCUCUGUGUCACUGCUACUGGGCACAUGGUGAAGAUCAUCGACUUUGGGCUGGCUCGAAGGUACAACCCCCAGGAGAAGCUGAAGGUGAACUUCGGCACUCCUGAAUUCCUCUCUCCUGAGGUGGUCAACUACGAGCAGGUCUCCUACUCCACAGACAUGUGGAGCAUGGGCGUCAUCACCUACAUGCUGCUCAGCGGCCUCUCCCCCUUCCUGGGUGACAAUGACACUGAGACACUCAACAAUGUCCUGGCUGCCAACUGGUACUUCGACGAGGAGACCUUUGAGAGCAUCUCCGAUGAAGCCAAGGACUUUGUCUCAAACCUCAUCAUCAAGGAGAAGAGUGCCCGGAUGAGUGCCGGCCAGUGCCUGCAGCAUCCCUGGCUCAACAACCUGGCAGAAAAGGCCAAGCGCUGCAACCGCCGGCUCAAGUCCCAGGUGCUGCUCAAGAAAUACGUCAUGCGGCGGCGCUGGAAGAAAAACUUCAUUGGGGUGUGUGCUGCCAACCGCUUCAAGAAGAUCACGAGUUCGGGCUCGCUGACGGCGCUGGGUGUCUGAGCAAGGGCUCCCGGGGAGCCUGAGCUGUGUGUCAGCCAAGGCUGGAGAGGAGCCACUCAUGAGGGUCCCACAUCACUCUCGCUCCUGGAUGGCACCAGGGCCUUGCUGGAGUCUUUGCUUCACAGCACAGGGGCUGGGGGCCUGGAGCUAUGUAGCCCCCUCCCUGUGCAUGCUGCUGCCUGGUGGCUGCUCUGGACUCUGGGGUGUGUGCUGUACCCCUGCUCUGUGCCACUGUCACUGCCACCAUGGAUCCUGCUCUGCUAUGUCCCCCGGGCUGCUACCCUGCCCUGGCACCCAGCAGCUGCGGGACUGCUCCAGGCCAGGGCCCCCACAGGGCUCUCUGCCUGCACCUGCAGCUGUGGAGCUGCUCUGCUGAGCUCGUCCCACCCCCGGCGCCAUUGCUGUGCCAGGUGGAUGCUGGCAGUGCCCUCCAGGAGCUCCAGCCCUCCCUCUGCCCAUCCAGCUCCUCUUGGGAUUUCCUUGGACUGCGCGGCCGCUCCUGAGUGCUGGUUUCCCAUCCCAUCCCUGGCCCAAGUACGUGAUGCCUGACCCACAGCACCUUGGCUCUGCUCCCUUUCCCGGCCUCGGAGCAGUGAGGCCACACUGGCGCGAGCCGCCCUGCAUCCUCGCUGCUCCCUUGGACCCAGGAUUUGUGCGUUCUGCCUGUAAAUGCCGCAGCCCUGCCCCCACUGGCACUGGACCCCGAGCUGCCCAAUCUCCCUGCCCGGUGUGGGGAUGCUGGGGGGCAGGUGUGGACCCUCACCCUGGCGCUUUGGCACUGGAGCCGGGGCUGAAGCAUCUCCUCCCUGGUGGGGUGUGCGGGAGUGGAGCUGGCCCUGAGCUGCUGCUCGCACAGGAAGAGAGGAAGUGGCGAGGAUGAUUCCAGCAGCAUCCCCAGCUGGGAGCCAGCAAGGGAAGAAGGAGGCUUUGUGUUCAUCCUGCCCUCCCUGCCCUUCGGCUCUGCCAGCAGGGGAAAAACACAACCUCUGCUUCACCCGGCCCCGCCAGAUCAUGAUGAGCGAGGCGGCCUAAUGCACAGCAGCUGGACCGCGCUCCUGCGAGCAUCGCUCCGGCCCGACCACCAACGCACAGGAACUGCCUCGGCCGCCAGCUCCCCCCGCUGUGUGCGGGGGCUCCCGGGGACCGGCCAGGCUGGGGGAGGCAGGUUCUGCCCCCGCUCCUCUGCCCUCAUCCCCUUCCCUCUGCUCCAGCCCCUUGAGGCUCCCCAGGCUUUGCAGCUUCCAGCCGUGCCUGCUGUAAGAGGGGAUGGAGGGGUCCCCCUGCCCCCAGUUUUGGCUUUUGCCAUGGCCGAGCCCCCCCACGGCAGGGCUGUGUGUUUGCUCCAGGGCUGCCUGUGCCCUCUGCCUGCUGGAAAAUCCCUGGGGAGAGACAGGGGGAAGCACAGGUCCCCUGGCUGCAGCAGAUGAAGGGGCUUCAGGCUCAUCCCCACCAGUCAGGGGACACGGCUUGCCGGGUCAUGCCCAGCUCUCAUCUUCUUGUAAAUAAAUGUACAGGUCUGCCCGCAG